AUUGGUGGAAAGGAUCGAAGGAAUCGGUGAGGGGUCCCUGAUAUCACCGAUAAUUGAUCUUGCGCAGCUUCAUCGACACUUUCGAAAAUCGGUUUCGGAUGUCCGCGCGGCGGUAAACAGCUUACGUCGUCCUUGCGAUCUCUCCCAAACCUGUCGCAGAGCUCCAUGCCGCAGAGCUUUGCCGGCUGUCCUACAAGUCCAAAUUGGUGACGCAAGUUUGCAUACCGUUCGUAGGGCUGUGUGCAUGCCUUCGGCGCAGCCCACUCCACUGGGGCUGCUUUUUGAUCCUUUGACCUGCAUGUGCCGCAGUUCUGAACGAUGGCUGAUGGUUUGCCUGCAUGGCACGACAUCAGUCCACGGAGCGAAGUGCCGAUGUCAAAGGAGAUGGACAGGUAUACUGCGAACUCGACUUCGCUCUGCGAAAAGUGCUCUGUGCUAGAUUAUGAGCAGAUGAGAUCACAAGAAGGUCAAGCACAUCACGAGAAUUGGACCAAACUAACAAAGUCGGCGAGCAGUGGUUGCCGUUUGUGCACAUUUUUCACACUUGCUCCUCUCCAUCCAAAAACGUCUUCUCGCUCGGUGUUCUACUCGGACAGUAGUGGACCACUUCAUUUCAAGAUCUUGCCGACCUAUAAGCGCGAGGAAACAUGUCUUCACGUGUGUGUGCCGCAGGACAAGCGGACGGCUGCGAUAUACUACCUGUAUCUUUCGACAACAGACAACGCACGAGAUGGUCAGAUUGGCGACAUAAAGAUGAUCGACUCAGAACGUGACCGACUUUCUUUGACGGCGGUUGAGAAGAUAUCCAUCUGGCUUCAGACUUGCCAAACUGAGCAUCAUUCAUGUAGGUGGCGAGCUAGAUCUAAGUUGCCAACUCGCGUAGUGGAUAUCUCUCCAACCGGUAUAUCUGGAGGUAUCCGACUGGUUGAGGGACAAGGCAAACCAGACGUGGAGUACGUUGCACUUAGCCACUGCUGGGGGAAUAUGCCAUUCAACAGAUUUGACUUACUAUCGAAGUGCGACACUUUCAACAUAGAUUCUCUGCGAGAUGGCAUCCAAAUAGACUUACUUCCCAAGUUGUAUCAAGAUGCGAUCGAACUGACUAGGGCAAUAGGAAAGAGAUACAUCUGGAUUGACUCAUUAUGCAUCAUCCAGGACAGCAAAGAAGACUGGGCGUCCGAGUGCGAACGAAUGUCCGACAUCUAUUCCAACUGCUAUAUGGUCAUCUCCGCGAUGUCUUAUGAGAACAACGAAAGAGGAUUCCGCCACAUACUUCCUGAAGACGUACCUCCCCACUACCCGCUCUGUGCACUGCCCGGGCAUCCUGAAACACACGUCCAUGUACGAUCCGCAAUCGACCACAAAUCCAGAAUAGACUUUCUGAAGUACCGAGCAUGGGCAUUUCAAGAACUGCUGCUCUCUCCACGGGUCCUGCAUUUGACUUCCACUGCUAUGGCCUUCGAGUGCGAUACAUACACACAGCUAGAACGCGGGCCCAACAGUGACGUUCUAUAUGGCAUCGACACUGAGAGAAAGCGACUUGUACACGUAGCCUCCGAUUUUACUGGCAAAGACUGCAACACCUACUAUGAUCGUUGGCUUCAGCUCGUCCAGUCAUACUCACAAUUACAGCUGACGUACAAGACCGACCGACUACCGGCUUUGUCCGGCAUAGCAUACCUUGUGGCAUCGAAGACAAAGGACACGUACAUUGCAGGACUAUGGAAGGAAGAUAUAGCGGCAGGCAUACUCUGGUACGUGUGGCCUUGCCAGCCAGCAACACCAACCUACGUCGCUCCAUCUUGGAGCUGGGCAUCUGUCACCUCAGCAUGGACUUUGGAACCAACACGACGGCGCUUUGUCGACAUCAAGAUGAUCGACGUACAUGUGAAGCUGUCGACCAGCAACCCUUAUGGCGAGAUCUCGGCCGCGUCCCUGACAGUGUCUGGUCCUCUGAAGCGGUGCGACACUAAAAAUCUUAUCAAAAAGGGGCACCGCUACUAUGUGCUGAAGGGCGAGAAUCUAAGCAAUGUUCGGUUUGCUCUCGACACAGGCCAGAAGAACGACGUUAAGUCUCAGGACGUUUGGUGCCUGGACUGCACAAUCGACAAAGAGCUGGAUAUAGGGAUAGCUCGUUCAACGUUAAGAAGAGAGACGUUUUUUCGCCCCCAUGGUCUCUUGUUGAUCCGGCUCUCCAAAGAGGAGCAUACAUACAAGCGAAUCGGCGUGUUCGAAGUCUUCGAGAUUCUUCAUAAGUGUACGAAUUGGCACGAGACUGGCUUUCAAUCGAUGACCGUAAAGAUCAUCUGAAUAGCUGCUGGAUUGCCACCCAAGUCUGGAACAGAUCAGCAUGUACUUAGCUUCCCGGUCUUUGGCCCCUUCGCACACAAGCAAGCCCCGCAAUCGUGACACAUGCUAGUAGCCCUGCAGCACAGCCAGCACGGCUAAACAUCUCAAGGACAGAUGAGCAUAAU